AUGCUCCAUAUGGACCCCUGCAUUGACCGCGACAAGCUACUAGAAUUCAUAACUACUACGUGGGACCCCAUCAUUGGCGGCUUCAUGAGGUCAGCCGAUGCAAACUAUGUUGCCAAGACAAAGCGUUUGGGCACCGAUUUGGAAUCCACCCUUGAGGAACUGCGGUUGACAAGUGGUUCAACUGAACUAUUCACCAACUUGUUGGACCUUAUUUAUGGAGAUGGUGUUGACGAAAAGGAAAGCCAUAAAGAACAGGCAUCUGACAGGCUUCCGGCUCUGGAGUUUGUCGUUCCCGAGUUGAAUAUACCUCAGUCUACGUUUGACAGGCUUAAGCAACUCCAUCAAAAGUGGCGCUCGGCAGAAACCGUCGAGUCGGCUUCCUGA